UCCUGUCAAUAUCUUGUUGAACUGUUAAGCUCUCUUCUCUCUAUAUAUACACAAACUGGGACAGCUUCAAAUGAACAUACAGAUCGAUUGAACUACCGAAAAAUGGACGCCCGAAUAACGCCAAUGCACGCUAGGGUUCAUCAACCGUGUGCAGCCUGCCGGAUGCUACGCCGAAGAUGUGACAUCAACUGCUCACUUGCACCAUAUUUCCCAAUUGAGGAGAUUGACAAGUUUGCUGGUGUCCAUAGAGUUUUUGGUGCUAGCAAUGUUAUCAAGAUGAUUCAGAUGGUGGAAGAGACAAGAAGGGAAGAUGCAGUAAAAUCCAUAGUUUACGAAGCAACAGCAAGAAUUAGAGAUCCCGUCUAUGGCAGCACUGCAGCUAUUUUUCAUUUGCAGAAGAUGAUUGAAGAACUCAGAUCCCAAUUGCAAACAAUAAAAUCUCAAGUCUUGGAGUUGCAACAACACAGAGACCAGUUGCUGGGCAUUCUUAUGAACAAUGUUCAUUCCCUUGAUUUGUUCUCCGACAUGCAUGACCCAAUGUUCGGUGAAAGUUCCCAAGUGCAAGAGGAUACUGUAUGGGAUUUAGAGCCCAGGGAUGAACGGCGGCAAGAACGCAUAUGAACUGACAAACUUGAUUGAUAGCAUAGAAAAUGUCCGGUGUAGUGAAAAUCAGGUACUAAGGGGCGUCGACAAUAGAGAAGUUUGUGAAAUAUAUAUGUAUAUGCAAUUAUGCCUGUAUAAUAUGUAAAGCCCUUUAUUUUUAUGUACAACCAAUAAUGUGGAGAGGAGAACCAAUUUUAGAA